AUGGCAGAACUCCAGCGACGGCAUCAAAACUCGCCCCCUUCGACGACGACAGUUCCCACGCCUGCCCUCCCGACUUCAUCGUCGUCGUCUUCUUCCUCUUCUUCUCGAACAAUUACUCCUCCCGAGAAUGCCCGUCCACCUCAUCGCGUGUCUUCCUCUGGGACAGUACAAGUCGUGUCUCCCGUGGCGACUUCGAUCACAGCUGUAUCGCAGACUGAAAGUUCUGCUUGGUCGCCCGCCUCUAGACCAUCUCGCAUCUACGGUAUUACCUCUGAGAUUGGUUCUUCAACAAGUAUUGCCGGGCACAAUCGGUACGGCCAAGGUCAGCAGCAGCGGCGGAAUCAACCGUAUGUGCUGGGAGGCGUUGUUCCGCACGCGGCGAGGCAGCCGUUUUGGUGGAUGGAUUCGUCGGCUGUUGAUUUACCACGACAUGGUGAUGGCGAAGGAGAUGCGACUAGGGGAGGGAAUGAAGUGAAGAUGCAAAGAGCUGUUCUUCAUACAGUGAUGCAUGGAGUUGUCUUGGCGUUGCAGAGCGGCGUUUCGUUGGGCGUGUUGGCUCUUUUUGUGUGGAUGUCUUUGUGGAGAGACGAAGAAAGGGGUUUGAGUGAUGUAUCUGGUGGAAUGCUAAACAACAUGCCGUCUCUGGCGACGACAUCUGUUCUUAUUCUCUCAUCUAUUACACUUGUCGUUCAUGAGAUUUAUGUUCUUUCUCCAGUUGUGCUGCUCUACCUCCAGGCGGCAAUUCUUGCAUUGACUACCGUGUCUGCAACAGGCAUGUGGAUGAAUUGUGUGGGGGAAGACGAUGCUAUGCUGAAGUGCGUCUUGAUCAGCUGCAGUGUCUUCUUUUUGGGAACUUCUGGACUCGCGUUUCUGAGAGCAGUUGCCAUCUGGAGGAUUACCAGUUCGGAUGAAUCUGAAGGGCUUAUGCAGGUAAGGGCUGAUGGGGAGAUACAAGGAGAGAAUUAUGCAACGUUUCAGAGGCCUUGA